UUGUUUUCCACAUUAUUAUUUCCACUCAAUAAUCCCUUCUUCCACCGGAAAACGAGUCACGACUCACGAGUCAACUCAACAAGUUACUAAGAAUCAUAUUAACACUUACAUAUGGGUAUAUGCAGUUCAAGCGAGUCGACACAAGUCGCGACGUCGAAACUGAUAUUGCAAGACGGGAAGAUGAUGGAGUUUGCGAACCCCGUAAAAGUCGGAUACGUUUUGCAAAAGUAUCCCAUGUGUUUUAUCUGUAACUCAGACGAUAUGGACUUCGACGACGCCGUUUCAGCUAUUAGCGCCGACGAGGAGCUUCAGCUUGGUCAGAUAUACUUCGCUCUUCCUCUUCGUUGGCUUCGGGAGCCACUUAAAGCGGAGGAGAUGGCUGCAUUGGCCGUUAAAGCUAGCUCUGCUCUCAUGAGAAGCGGUGGUGGUGGUGGAGGAAGUUGUCGCCGGAAGUGUAUUAAUCCUAUUGUCGUCUCUGAUAAAUAUCGUCUUCAAGUUGGCUCCGGUGAUGAUACCGUGGGAUCAGGUCGGGUAAGGAGGAAAGGGAGAAACGUUGACGGUGGUGGUGGUAGCACUAGUAGUGGCCGGCGGAGGAAAUGUUACGCGGCUGAGUUGAGUACGAUAGAAGAGUGAAGGGUAGUUUUGGAAUUUGUGGAUAGUUGUAACUAUGUUGGGGUAUUUUAGUCAUUUAAUUAAGAAGCAAUUUGCAAAUUAGCAUGUUCGAAAAAUUAUAUUUUGGGAUUUUAGUAGUUAGACCAUCAUUAAUAAUUUAAUAUCAAGGAGGUCUUUUUACAAUUAAAAUAGAAAAAGAAUUAUAAAACGA